GGACCUGGGCUGAUCAGAGUCUGCAGCCCCCAGCCUUCCCUCUACUGUGGCAGUGAAUGCUGCUCCUGCCUGCUUGUGAGAGUGUGUAUGUGUGUGUGUGCGUGUGUGUGGAAGCCAGAAGGAGAGGCAGAGCUGGUGUGUGUCUCUGAGACUCGGAUGCGGGGAGAGCAGUGAGAAGCCAAUCCACUGGCGCCUUUCCAGUGGAGAGAGUGAGUCCGGCGACCGUACAGCGACGCACUUAUGCUGACCGGGAGUCCACCAGCAGCCACACACACACACACACACAAGCACAAACAGAGCCUGUCAGAAGCGCACGAGGAUGGGAGGAGGAUGGAGGGAGACCUGCCGUAGUAGUGUGCUGCUGAGAGGGUCCAGGGGAGGAGCAUGUUCUGACAGAGAUGCCACUGGAGAUGGAGAAGACACCCGUCACCAAGCUCAUGUAUGACUUCCAGAGGAACUCCACCUCGGACGACGACUCUGGCUGUGCUCUGGAGGAAUACGCCUGGGCCCCACCUGGCCUCAGCCCAGAACAGGUGCAUCAGUACUACAGCUGCUUACCGGAGGACAAGGUCCCCUAUGUUAAUAGUCCAGGAGAGAAAUAUCGCAUCAAACAACUACUUCAGCAGUUGCCCCCACAUGACAAUGAGGUGCGCUACUGCAACACUCUAGACGAGGAGGAGAAACGGGAGCUGAAGCUCUUCAGUAACCAGCGGAAGAUGGACAACCUGGGGAGGGGUAGUGUGCGUCCUUUCCCCCUCAAUAUCACCGGGGCCGGCUGUGAGCAGUGCGGUGGCCAAAUCAACGGAGGGGAAAUCGUAGUGUUUGCUGCCCGGACCGGCCAUGGCCAGUGCUGGCAUCCCCAGUGCUUUGUGUGCAACAUGUGCGAGGAACUGCUGGUGGACCUCAUCUACUUCUACCAGGACGGAAAAAUCUUCUGUGGCCGGCACCACGCUGAGCGGCUGAAGCCCCGCUGCUGUGCCUGCGAUGAGAUCAUCUUUGCUGACGAGUGCACCGAGGCGGAGGGCCGGCACUGGCACAUGAAGCACUUCUGCUGCUUCGAGUGUGAGACGGUGCUGGGGGGUCAGCGCUACAUCAUGAAGGACGGCCGCCCGCACUGCUGCAACUGCUUCGAGUCCCUCUACGCCGAGUACUGCGACGCCUGCGGCGAGCACAUAGGGAUUGACCAAGGUCAGAUGACCUAUGAUGGACAGCACUGGCACGCGACAGAGGAGUGCUUCUGCUGCGCCCGCUGUAAGCGCUCCCUGCUGGGCCGCCCCUUCCUCCCCAAGCAGGGCCAGAUCUUCUGCUCACGCUCCUGUAGUGCCGGACAGGAACCGAACGAAUCAGACUCUUCGGACUCUGCCUUCCAGAGCGCCCGGUCCCGGGAGUCCCGCCACAGCACCAAUGUUGGGAAAAAGGAACGUCGGAAUGCGAGCCAGGAACGACGGAACGCUGAGGCCCGGCAGCCGGCCCCCACGCCCAUGCCCGACCGCAUGUCUGCUGAGAUAGACCCCCUCUCCGUCCAGAUGGACCGCCUGAGCGUGUCCUCCGGCCCGACGCCCAGCAGGACCCCUUGCCGAACCCCGAGCCGCACUCCCAGCCGCGCCCCCAGCCUCAACCAGGUGUGGAUGAGCAGGGAUGAGGCGUACCCUUCUGCUGCCUAUGAGAGCGCCAAGCGGGAACCCUCUCCCACUCCCACACCCAUACAGAUGCUGGGCCAAUGUAAUCCCAGACAGGGUUACAACCCCAACUCAAACCCUCACCCACCCACCCAGAGCCCCGUCAACCCAGGGAAGAGGCCUGAUUCCUGGGGGAAGGAACAAGGCAACACCAAGAGAACCCCUAUGGCCGCCCUGAGAGGCCAAUCCUUCAACGAAAACUGGAUCCAUCACAGCCAGGACGAGUUCCGGCCCACCAAGCUCCGCACCCAGAUGAGCUUCAACGAGGUGUCCAGCCAGGGCCAGGGCAUCUCAGACAAGAGGAGCAUCAGCCUGCAUGGCUUCCAGAGGGCGAACCGGCCCCCACUGAUUCGGAGGAACCCCAUCAAUGGCAUGAGUUUCCAAGAAACCCUUACUCCUCUUGAACAGACUCCUCGCGGAUCCAUGGAUUCCCUGAUCACAUCCAACGCCGCAGGUAACUCUCUGGACGGGGUCAGUAAGCGGCAGGAGCAUCUGUCCAGAUUCUCUAUGCCUGAUCUGAGUAAGGACUCGGGCGUGAAUGUGUCUGAGAAGAGCCACAUGGGCACCCUCAGCUCCUCCAUGCAGUUCCACAGCACAGAGUCCCUCUCCUCCUCCCGUCUGUAUGGGAACAUGGACGCUGCACUGAGGGUGGGCUACCCCCUGCAGUACUGGGACCCCUCCCGGCCCCUGGCCUUCAACGCCAACGGUCACGCCGGUCUGAUGGGCAGCAGCGGAAACAUACGCAUGUCAUCCAUGAGCGAGAGAACCCCUCGCCGGCACCCUAACGGGCAGGAACCCGUAUCCCAGCAACAGCAACCGCAACCGAGGAGCCGCAAGCACCGCCGCGGUAACCACGGUAACAGCCAGCACCGCAGCGGACGGCACCACAAGCGCUCCCGCCGCUCCCGCUCUGACAACGCCCUGCACCUGGUGGCCGACCGGCCCGCCCACGUGGCGGAGCCGCCGCACCGCCGCGUGCAGGAGGACUACGACCGCUUCCCCAGCGGCCACGCCGCCAGGGAGCUGCUGCUGGGCCUGGCGCCGGGCGCCUACAGGCAGCAGCAGCAGCACCGGCCCUGCCCCCGCACCACCUCGGACCUCACCCUGCAGAACGCGGGCUGGCAGCCGCAGGGCCCGGGCCCGGGCCAGGGCGGGCCGCUCUGGGCCGAGGGCUACCGAGAGGGGGCGGACCCCUGGUGCUCGAGCUGCUCCUCCAGCUCCGAGUCGGAGGAGGACGACGCCUACUUCCAGGGGGAGGCCAUCCCGCGGCCCGUGCAGCUGCGCUACAUCAACAACGAGGAGCUCCGGCACCGCUACAGCCCUUCCGGGAUGCCGGGCCACCACGCGCCCCUGCAUGGACCCCUCCACGGGCAGAUGCACACCCGCCAAAGGAGAAAGAGCAAGAACUGUGCCAUCUCCUAGAUGUGAGGGAGAGGAUGCGGGGACUGGAGAGCGGGAGAGAGAAGGAUGUGUGGGAGGGAGCAGGGAGUGGGAUGUGUAAGAGAGAUGGUGGACAGGGACUGCGUGUACAGUAAAAUGGAGAGAAACUGAGGGUGGAGCGGAUGAUGAAGAAAGGAAAUGGCAGAUUCCUGCCGUUUGUGAUCUAACACAACUCUUGUUUGUGUACACCUACAAAGUAUGACGUUAUCGCGAGAAGAGGGGUUACACAGCAGACUCAAAUCAAGGGACAGCUAAAUAAGGAUCUGUUUGAUCGGUAAUCGUGCAUAUAGUCUGGUCUGGUCUCAAAUAACUGGCUAAUGUGUGUGCGUGUGUCUGUGCGUGUGUGUGCGAGAGAGAGUUUAUACCCUUUGCACCAGAGAGUCCUUUCAACAUGUCAAAAGGGGAGUUUUUUGUAUCACUGUAGAACCUGGGCUGUGUUGGCCAGCCUCUGCUCACAGGCCAGUGCUCUGAACACAUUGGCGUAAACCUACCGAGAGGAGAACACAUCGAGAGAUAUCGUGUUGGAAUAGUGAAAGCUGUGCGAUAUGAAUGGAGAAAACUGUGGGGUAGGUACUGAGCUGCGACUUAGUUUGCCCCAGUGGAAUCCAAAAGCUGCUGGAAAAGUGUUGGCUCGCAGACCAAGUUAUCACCUUAUGUAAAUAGUCUGUUACACCAUGUGCUCUACAUAGACUGCUCUCCAUGCUUUACCAAUGGCAGGUCGCUAGAUAGGCCUCAACUCCUUGUUCUAUCAGGCAAAGUAACGUCAGGUACGGUCCUGUCUUCUUUUCUUCAACAUACUUCUUUUUUUAAUACUUAUUAUUUUUAGUUGGAUAAAUAAAGGACAAAUUAAUAGUGACAAUAAAUUAUCGAUACCUGUUUAAUGUAUAUAAAGUAAACAAAAAUAGAAAUAAAAAUGUCUUUAAAGUAUUGGAUGUGGUAAUGUAAAUGUUAUGUACAUAUUGUCUUACAUAUUUAUAUAAAUAUAUUUUGUAACUUAAGAAUCCUUAUUUGUAUAAGACAGGGUAGAGAUAGGAGGAUUUGCAUGUACCUUUUAAUGUUGUCGUCCUAUAUGGAAAUAAAGUGUAUUACAAUGAAUAACCAGAAGGGUGCCAGUUAAUGUCCAAGCUUACUGGUAUGUGGUUGUUGAAAACAGCGGUUGGUAAAGUGAUCGAAAGACCCUUUUCAAUGUCAGGUGUCUACCCUCUCUUCAUCAACUUCCUGCUCAACUCAACCCACAUGAAAAUAAAAUGGAUCAUCACAUGUUGCGCAAUACCAUGGUUUCUAGCAUAAGCAUUUACCUUCUGAAAUUGAAUAAACCAUAUAUGGUGAAUGUGAUUCACUAAUACUAUAAAGAUAUACAAAAUGCCAUUUUUGGUGCAUCUUCUUUAUAAAACACAGAGACACAACUAAGAUCUGGACAUUUGAACUGGGCUUUACAAAAACACACACACACACACACACACACACACACACACACACACACACACACACACACACACACACA